GAUAGGGCUGCGCGAAAUCAGAAACGGAGGCUUGAAUUUUAACUCCUUGGCCGGGCGGGUGGAAGAAGAGGUGGCGGACGGGUUUUUUAAAAGAAGGAUAGCCGGGGGAGGGAACCAGGAGCUCGGUGUACCGCUGCUGUCUCAACCCGACACGGCUUCGACAUGGAGCUGGAGAACAUCGUGGCCAACACGGUGCUGCUCAAAGCACGGGAAGGAGGUGGCGGGAACAGGAAAGGAAAAAGCAAGAAAUGGAAGCAGAUGCUGCAGUUUCCCCACAUAAGUUUGUGCGAGGAGCUACGACAGACCACUGAGAAGGACUACUGCAGCCUCUGUGAGCGGCAGCCCAUUGGACGGUUACUAUUCAGACAGUUCUGCGAGACUCGACCCGAGCUGAGACGCUGUGUCAAGUUCCUGGACGCUGUGGCGGAGUACGAGGUAACGCCGGACGAGAAGAGGAAGGAGUGUGGUCAGGAGCUCAUUGAUAAAUACUUCAACCCAAAGUUAAAGGACCAUGUAUCUGAGGUGGAAGAAUCCAUGAUGGCUCAGUGCACUGAGAGGCUGCAGCAGGAGGCCUGCAAGGAGCUUUUCAAGGACUGUACCAAAUUAAUUCACGACUACCUGAGCGUGGCGCCUUUCGCCGACUACCUCGACAGCAUGUACUACAACAGGUUCCUCCAGUGGAAAUGGUUGGAGAGGCAACCAGUGACGAAAAACACAUUCAGACAAUACAGAGUCUUAGGAAAAGGCGGUUUUGGAGAGGUGUGUGCAUGUCAGGUACGAGCCACGGGGAAAAUGUACGCCUGUAAGAAGCUGGAGAAGAAGAGGAUAAAGAAGAGGAAAGGAGAAUCCAUGGCCCUCAAUGAGAAACAGAUCCUGGAAAAAGUGAACAGCAGAUUUGUGGUGAGCUUAGCGUACGCCUACGAGACGAAGGACGCGCUGUGCCUCGUGUUGACCCUCAUGAAUGGCGGAGACCUGAAGUUUCACAUCUAUCACAUGGGCGAAGCGGGCUUCGAUGAGAGGAGGGCCGUCUUCUACUCUGCAGAGAUCUGCUGUGGUCUAGAGGACCUGCACCGAGAACGAAUCGUCUACAGGGACCUAAAGCCAGAAAACAUCCUGCUGGACGACCACGGUCACAUCAGGAUAUCUGACCUGGGUCUAGCGGUCCAUGUACCAGAGGGACAGACCAUCAAGGGACGGGUGGGAACAGUGGGAUACAUGGCUCCGGAGGUGGUGAAGAAUGAGCGCUACACCUUCGCCCCCGACUGGUGGGCGCUGGGCUGCCUGCUCUACGAGAUGAUCGAGGGCCAGUCGCCUUUCCAGCAGAGAAAGAAAAAGAUCAAGAGGGAGGAAGUGGAGCGGCUGGUGAGGGAGGUGGAGGAGGAGUAUUCCAGCAAGUUCUCUGAGGACGCCAAGUCGAUCUGCAAAAUGCUGCUGGCCAAAGAUCCCGCGGAGAGGCUCGGCAGCCAGGGAGGUGGAGCCUCUGAGGUCAAAGCUCACCCCAUCUUCUGCUCCAUCAACUUCAAGCGUCUGGAGGCCGGCAUGCUACAGGCGCCCUUCAUCCCCGAUCCACAGGCCAUCUACUGUAAAGAUGUCCUGGACAUCGAGCAGUUCUCAACGGUGAAAGGUGUCGAACUGGAGCCAAAAGAUGAGUCUUUCUACAGCAAAGUGUCCACAGGCAGCGUUUCUAUUCCAUGGCAAAAUGAGAUGAUCGAGACGGAGUGCUUUGCAGAGCUGAAUGUUUUCUACCAGGAUGGGGCAGUUCCUCCUGACCUGGACUGGAGAGGACAACCGUCUCCUCCGCCCAAACAGGGACUCCUGCAGCGGCUGUUUGGCAGACAGGACUGCUGUGGUAACUGCAGCGACAGCGAUGAGGAGCCCACCAGGCUGUGACACACAAAAACCACAAACUCACAUUUGUUUACAACUUUUGCACAUUUGUAUUUUUAAAGUUAGUACUAUCUCUAAAUGUCAGAAUGUAUAUUUUCAGCAUAGCCAUAAUGUUUAAUGUUAUUUAAAGGUGUGAAGUAUCUGCCGUGGACUGGCGAGGGACAGGAGACGGACUCUCUUUAGUUUAUCAUCGUUGUUAUUUGUCACUGAACUGAAGCCGCUGCUGAAACCGAGCAGCUUCACUGGAAUAAGCGCCUGCUGUAAAAAAAAAAAAAAAAAAACAAUAGAACGAAAGAAAGAAAGUGCCUUGCUCGAGGGCACUGUGGCGGUGGUUACUUUGAUUCGCUUUAUGCAGGAAAGUCGGCGACUUCCUGACCCAUGAACUGUGACCACGUCCUCCGCCCUCCGAUCUGCUGUGACCAACCUCACUGCUUCUUUUUUAACUCUUUGUCUUGUUUGUUUGUUUAUUUGGGACAAAACCACAAAGUUUUGAAUUAAGUCAACAACAUUUUUUUCUUGUGAAUUUCUAGAGACAAUCAUUGCAUGUGUCAGAUCUAAUCAAAUCGAUCAUGAUUUGAAAGGUCCGAUAUUUCUGUCUGUUUUAAAAUACACCACAUUUCUUGUAUUCUCUUGUUAGAGAUUUUGCAACCAGAUUACUCCAGCUCUGAGAGCACCGUCAGGUCUGAAAGGUGAUUUAAAAAGUAAGAAGACAGAGAAGAACUGAAGACAAAAGCAAAUACAGAGAUCAGAUAUUGUGAUACCUCAAAUCUCUGGAACCAAUGACAGCAUUAGUUUGAUGAAAACAGGCUGCUUCGGUUACACGUAUUGGUAAAAUGGCAGGUUUUUGGUACGCAACUUUAAAUUUACAGAAACUCUGAGUUUUUUGCUGGUUUGACCCAUAGGCAGUACAUAAAUAUGGACAACGUGUCUUUUUCCUCAACUUUUUCUCAUUGGCUAAACUGAUACUAGUAUCUCGGGGAUACGAGCAGCGCCAUCUUUUGGUGAUUUAGUUUGGCCCAAGUCCCAUCCACUUGGUGGAGCUUAUGACUUAUACUGCAGCCAGACAUCAGGGGGAGCUCUACUUUCUUUGGCUUCACUUUGAGAAACUGUUCCGGCCUCCAUCUUUAUACUGUCUAUGGGAUUGACCCGAUUUUUUUUUUCCCUAAACUGACCCAUCAUCUGUCUCUGUUUCCUCGUUUAACGAGACAUGCCUUUUUUUAUGUAUUUAUACGGUAAAUAAUUAUUAAGAAACAGAAGAAUUAAACACGUUUAAACAAAUAAUAAUUGCAAACACCACAGCCACUGCCUAAUUUUUGCAUUUAAAACCUCUAAUGUGGUUAUGUUUAAUUUCAACAUCUGUUUAAUCGUAAACAAUUUGGAGCACAAUAGACGAUUUGUAAUAAUUUGAAAAAGAACCCAACAAGAACUAAUCUAAUUGAGACGGUGGACAGAUGUUCUUUGUUUUCAGGGUUUCUGUAAACAUGUUCUUCUCUGUCUUUUGUUCAUGAGUGUUUGAUGGCUGCAUGAUUUGUGCAGGUUCGGUAGUUUAUACAAAGCCUGAGCCUGAAGUUGAUCCAUGGGUCAAAGAGCAUUGCCCUUUGGUUUGAAGUUGUUCAAGUGAAAUACCUCUGGGUGUAUAGAUGGCUGUUAUUGAUGUGAACUGCUAUUUGGGAAACAAAUAGACACCAAAGUCUUAAGAGAAAAUAUCUCGACCAAGUUUGAUCCCUGUUACACUGCAGUCCGUCAUGAAGGCUGAACCAUAACUGAUCGUCACAUUAAAGGGUCAUUUCAUCCAGUUUAUAAAAGAAAUACUGCUUUUCAUCAGACCCAUUAGUGGCAUUUAAUUCAUAUUUGAAAAAUCUCUGCAGCUACAAUAUUAUACUAAGGCUUCAGACAUGCAGGGAGCUGAGAAACUAGCAGGAGCUACUAUUAGCGGGCAAUCUAGGAAGUACUACUAUUAGUUGGGAGGCUAGAAAGCUUGGAGGAGCUAAUAUUAGCUAGGAAGCUAGCAGGUGCUACUAUUACGUCCACCGAGUGUCGGUGGGCUGAAAACGCAUCUUAGCACUACAAGGUCAGGUUUUUUUGUUCAGUUAAGCUAACCUGCUGCUAGCUUUAGCCUUUUCUCGUCUAGCCCUAAAAUAUUAUGACUGAGUGACUCAAUGCCACUAGAGGUUUUGGGUAAUUUGCAUGAAGCAACCCUUUACUAGUGUCUAGCUGCAGGUAGUUAAAGAAUAAAUCUGGUUCAUUUCAGUUUUAUCUUGCGGGUUAACGGCCCAAAAAACGACUAAAUUGAUCGUUUAACUGACUGAUAACUUUAUCGGAAAAUAUCAGAAAACUGUAAAAACAAAAAAUCCAUUUAAAUUUUCCUAUGGCACUUAAAACGUUUUGUCCAAAAUCCUGAAUGUAUGGAUGAAUCGCCAACAUCUGAAUCUAAUAUGAAACGUCUGUGUUCAGUUCACACUUGGUUGGAAACUCCUAUGUUGGUUUUUAAUUCUUCUGUUUGGAUGUUCAUGUUUCUUUGGCCUCAAACCUGUCGAGGAUUUUUUUAUUUUUUAUUUUAAAUCAAAUCAUUGAAACCAAACCAUUUAUCCACAGAAGAUCAAAGAUCCUUAUCCACGGUGCCUUUAGCUGUUUGAAGGUACUGCUCUGGCCUGUAGUUGCCUAUUUUUACUGUAUGUGUUCAUGUAAAAGACUGCUGCUGUACGAGCUUCACUUCCUACUUUGUGUGUUUGUUGUCCAUAAACACCCCGACCUCUAGACUCAACGUGACUUAAUAAAAGACUGAAAGGUCAAGAGGGGUCAGUGGAGCUCGCUAUGGACUUAGUCCUUCAUGUUUCCUUGGCCAUUAGGAACAUUUCAGGGUAUCUUUGUUCUGUUGUUCAUCACUCUUUUCAGAAAUAUUAACUUUGACCAGGCUGAUUGCUAAAAUAAAUUCAAAAAACAAAAUGAGACAGUUUUACCUUUUUCUGUGUCUUCUGCUGUCUUACAAGGGAAAAUACCAACUGUGCCUUGUAGUAGGAUUCACAACUUUGUUAAUGGAUUUUGUCAUAUUGUUUUUGAUAGAAAAUUGGAAGAAAUUUGCUCCAGAGACCAAAACAGACUGUAAACAUGUUUAUUUAACAUGGAGGUCUAUGGGGAUUGGUUCAGUGUAUAUUUAGCAUGUCCAUGCUAGCUUUGUUUUUUCAUGUUUCAGCCACUUUGUUUGGAAUUUCUAUUAAAUUCUACAAACCCGUCCA